AAACACAUUUCCGAUAAUAGUGAGUAUUUGGUGGAUAACCAAACUGCAGUAACAGGUGUGUCAGACACCUCCACCUGGGCUACUGAUUGUUUCCCUAGUGCUGCUGUGGGAGAUAGGGUGCUGGAGAGGCCUGACCUGCAUGGGUUACUUAGUUUGCUGCAUUCUACUAACCCCCAUCCAAUAGUCUCUCUUCAGCAUGACUUAUGAGCUGCUGUUGGCAUCAAUAUUCCUGUACGAAAGGUCGAGUGUGGAUGGAAAAUCAAUACAGCACUGUGAGAAGUUCUUCCAGCAGAGAGCGGAGGCAGCACACCCAGAGCUUAAUAGCAGGUGGCCAGGAGACAUUCCUAUCUACUUACUGACACCGAAGAUCGAAUUGAUUUGAUAUGAAAUUGGAAAUGAUGGAUGUCGAGUCUGCAUACUCUGAAUUCAUAUCCUGCGAUCGAACUGGCAGAAGGAAUGCCGUCCCGGACAUCAAAGACAAAGAUGAAACAAGCCAAGUAGGGGAGCUGUCGGAGAACAUGGGGGAGCUGGCCAUUCAGGGGGCAGAAAACAAAGAAGGGGCAACGUCUUCCGACAGUGGGCAGGUACAGACUCCAGAAGCACAAGAUGGAAGCUCACCAUCAUGAACUCAAUAUGUCUCGCCAACCUCUACAUGAACUAUUUUUAUACAGAAAGAAACCAUUGUAUGCAAAGGGCAACCUGCCUGCUGGGAACUUCAGGACUAUGGAUAUGGAAAAUUCCAUUUACACAGUAGCCUGCGGAGUGACAAAUGUCGAGGAACUCUGGUGAACAACAUAUAAAAUGCAUCUCUUGAAGAUCCACUUGACCCAAACUUGCCUUAGCAUUAUUUUUCCUUUAGUGAAAAAGAAACAAUAUGCAAUUAUACUGAUUAUUUUCCUGAAGGUACUUUUUUGCCCCCUUUAUCUUGUAAAUGUUAAAAAAAUUAUUUAUUCAGCAUUUUUAGCAAGUGACAUCAUGGUUACAUAAUCAUUUGUUCCUUGGAGACAUUUACUAUGAAACCAUGGGGUGGAAAUGGAAUGGAACUGAUGUUGCUUGACCAGGAACUUGGCAGGGGAGGCCACUGCACUCACAGUGAUUUCACAAUAGAUCUCUAUAACUAUGAGACCAUAGAGAAGAGACAGGAUGGAACUCACUUUGGAUUAUCAAGAAGCCACUUCACCUACAAGUAAUGCAACAAUAGAUUUCCAUGGCUGUAAAAUCAGAGGACAGGAUGGAACUCACUUGGGAUUAUCAAGAAGCCACUUCACAAACAGUUAAUGCAACAAUAGAUUUCCAUGGCUAUAAAACCACAGAGGAUAAAGCUAAACCAUAAAGAUGAGAUCAUAGAGAAGAGACAGGAUGGAACUCACUUUGGAUUAUCAAGAGGCCACUUCAGCUACAGUUAAUGCAACAAUAGAUUUCCAUUCCUGUAAAACCAUAGAGAAGAGACAGGAUGGAACUCACUUUGGAUUAUCAAGAAGCCACUUUAUCAACAAUUAAUGCAACAAUAGAUUUCCAUUCCUGUAAAACCAUAGAGAAGAGACAGGAUGGAACUCACUUUGGAUUAUCAAGAAGCCACUUCACCUACAGUUAAUGCAACAAUAGAUUUCCAUGGCUGUAAAACCAUAGAGAAGAGACAGAAUGGAACUCACUUUGGAUUAUCAAGAGGCCACUUCAGCUACAGUUAAUGCAACAAUAGAUUUCCAUGGCUGUAAAAUCAUAGAGAAGAGAAAGGAUGGAACUCACUUUGGAUUAUCAAGAAGCCACUUCACCUACAGGUAAUGCAACCAUAGAUUUCCAUGGCUAUAAAACCAUAGAAGAGACAAGAUAGAACUCACUUUGGAUUAUCAAGAGGCCACUUCAGCUACAGUUAAUGCAACAAUAGAUUUCUAUCCCUGUAAAACCAUAGAGAAGAGACAGGAUGGAACUCACUUUGAAUUAUCAAGAAGCCACUUCAGCUACAGGUAAUGCAACCAUAGAUUUCCAUGGCUAUAAAACCAUAGAAGAGACAAGAUAGAACUCACUUUGGAUUAUCAAGAAGCCACUUCACCUACAGUUGAUGCAACCGUAGAUUUCCAUGGCUGUAAAACCAUAGAGAAAAGACAGGAUGGAACUCACUUUGGAUUAUCAAGAAGCCACUUCACCUAUAGUUAAUGCAACAAUAGAUUUCCAUGGCUGUAAAACCACAGAAGAUAAAGCUAAACCAUAAAGAUGAAACCAUAGAGAAGAGAUGGGAUGGAACUCACAUUGGAUUAUUGGGAACUUGGCAGAUAGAUUUCUAUGGUUACUUGCAGGGAAAGAUCCCAAACUUGGAUCUGUAAGACAGAAUCCAUCAUUGAAAGCACCACACACACGUCCCCAGCCGUGUUUAAGCACUGCCUAAUUGGAUCUGAGCGGACCAAACACUACCAAGUACCCAAGCACCGCACAACUAUCAACCACAAACUGCCGACCACAUUUGUUUUGUUUUUUUAAUCCAAAGUUUUAAGUACUAUUUUUAUGUAGAACCAAGCAUAUAUUCUACAUAUAUAGAUAUUUAAUUACUUGCAAAGGAAUGAAUGGUGUUUUUUUUUUUUAAUACUUUUUUCUUCAUCGAUAAGAAAGUAGUCGUUUUCUCUGUGUGAACAAAUCAUUGAAUAAAGCACCAUUGAGAUAAAGAAA